GUGUGUGUGUGUGUGGUGAUGAUGGCGUUUUGCAAAACGUUCGUCUCCCACAAGGCUUAUUAUUAACGUCAACAACCCCGGUUUAAUUCUGGUUUCAGUGUUGGUCUUAAGCCAACAAGAUCAGUGCUCCAGUGUAACCAGCGUAAAGACUUUGUGUUGAUCAUGAGCGUGGCGCGCGGAGUGCUCGCGAGGAUUCUCACUCAGCCCUGUGUGGAGCUGAUGGCAGCAAGGCCGAUCAAGCGUCUUCUCCCCCGGAUUUCUCUUAACCAGACCCGCUCGUGGUGCUCUGAUGGGCCCAUUGCGGAUCGGGCUGAAGUACGGCUGAGUCGGCUUGAUGGUGAAGACAACGGUAUAGUGGAAGUGCUGAUGUGUCGUGAAAGGGCGAGGAACUCUCUGGGACGCUUGUUUGUGGGUCAGUUGAGAGAGCUGGUGUCAUCGCUGCAUCAUGACGAAGCGGUUCGUGUGGUGGUCUUCAGGAGUUUGAUACCUGGAGUCUUCUGUGCUGGGGCAGAUCUUAAGGAGAGAGCUCAGAUGAGUAACCCUGAGGCAGAGCUGUUUGUACAUGGCCUUCGAUCACUAAUGAAUGACAUCGCUGCACUGCCCAUGCCAACCAUCGCGGCAGUGGAUGGCUUUGCUCUCGGGGGCGGUCUGGAAUUGGCCCUGGCGUGUGACCUUCGCACUGCAGCACAUUCAGCGCAGAUGGGCCUGAUUGAAACUACGCGAGGAUUACUCCCAGGGGCAGGGGGCAGUCAAAGGUUGCCCCGGACGGUUGGCUUUGCCAUCGCGAAGGAGCUGAUUUUUACAGGCCGGCGUGUCGGGGGUAAACGGGCUGCAGAGUUGGGGCUGGUAAACCAAUCCGUGCCACAGAACCAGACAGGAGACGCAGCCCACAAAGAGGCUCUUAGUCUCGCAAGAGAGAUCCUGCCUCAGGCCCCGAUUGCUGUGCGAAUGGCUAAAGUUGCCAUGAAUCGAGGCGCUGAGGUGGACAUCUCUUCAGGAAUGGCUAUUGAGGGAAUGUGUUACGCCAGGCUCAUUCCUACACGGGACAGACAAGAGGGCAUGGCUGCGUUUAUAGAGAAGAGGCCUCCAAGGUACAUUGGAGAGUGAAUGGUUUUAAACCUGCAUUUAAACAUGCUUGUGUUGGAAUUUGAAUUUUGUAAUGCUUAAAAAUAACCACCACGUAUAAUUUAAAAAGGACUGUCAUGUUUAUGAAAAAACUGAAAAUAAAAUACUUUUUAAAA